AGGUUUCUGUUUGUUCUCAAACUCAUCCCGCUGUUUUACAGGGCAGAAUACCUGUAUAUAAGCACACAAGCUUGGUAAAAUAUACCAAAACAGUGCCCACAUCAACCCCGCGGCCAUGGCUGAGGUUGUCGGCACCGUCAUAGGGGUGGUUGGCUUCUUUGGUCAAAUGUUUGACGGGUGCGUCAAGGCCUACGGCUACUUCUCAAUGGCUACGCAGAUGGACACCGAGAGCCAGCGACUUAUGUGCAAGGUCCGUAUCGAGGAGAUGCGUCUUGUUGUCUGGGGUCGAGAAUGGGGCGUUGCAGAGGGCAAGCUAGAUGCCCAUCUCGACGUCGAGAAGAACCCGCAGCUGCGAGCGCUGGCGACGCAGAUUCUGCAAGAGUUGCACAGCACAGUGACAGAUUUUCGCAAGUUACAGGAACGGUAUGGCCUCGUGGAUGCCAACGCUGUCGAUGGUGAGGGAUCCGGCGGCAGCAGAAGCAGCAAUACAUCGCGAGCCAAUUCUAUUUCCUCGUCUGUAGGAGCCCUACCCGAGAAAGGAAAGAAGGCAACCGAGAAGCUCGGCCUGAAAACAGAGAAGAGCUGGAAAAAGGACGCUACGUUACGAGCUAAGUGGGUUAUUAAAGAUAAGGAGAAGUUUCAAAAGCUGCUUCGUGAUCUAAAAGACUUCAACGACGGACUAGAGAACCUCUUCCCACCCUCCCAACUCCCUUCCAUCCACCGUGCAUGGACAAAUCGCCUUCUAGACUCUGCCGAGCGCGAUCUUGCCCAGCUGUCACUUCUAGAAAACGCCUCAUCUGGCAUAUAUCCACAGCUAAAUGCUUCAGCCAACCUCAAAAAACUGCGCAUUAACCUCGACUCGAAACCCCAGUCGGCAUUCAAGCCCACGUUUGCUCUCAAAGUGCCUCGCGCCGCUCUUGAGCUGAGCACCCCAGAUCCAACAUGCGCCACAACCGGCAUAGUGAGCGGUAGAUGCCACGCCCGGCAUGAACUCGUUGGGGACGUGGUGGUUGAGUGGGUGCACUAUGAUGCGGAUGAGUUCGAAGAGCGCUUUGCCCACGUGAAACGGCUCGACGAUCUUGCCAAGAUGAUGCAUUCGGCCUCGUCAUCUCACCCUGACCUACACUCUAUCGACUGUGUAGGUUACACCGAUGAUAAGGUCAACGGGCGAUACGGUCUGGUCUACAAUGCACCAGCACCGUCGUUCUCAACACUGCAUGCCCUCAUCUCGUCGUCAGACCUUAAAACUCCAGACCUAGACGAACGCAUCAAACUUGCCAAGACGCUCGCCGUUUCUCUCUGGUCUCUCCAUUCGUUAGACUGGCUGCACAAGAGCCUUUGUGCGUCGAAUAUCCUAUUCUUUCCAUCUGCAUUUUCCUCAGCUGCGCAGUCUUCAACAGCUUCGGCCGCUCUUGUGCCCGACAUUUCAUCACCGUUUCUCAGCGGCUUUGAUGCCUCACGCCCAGACCUGGACAUUGCCCUGUCUGUUGUCCCCAAAAAUCCAUCCAUUUUAGACUUGCAUCGCCAUCCUGAUUCUCGGCGGGGCACAACCCCCUACUGCAAGAGCUUUGAUAUUUAUAGCUUGGGUCUGGUGCUUCUCGAAAUUGGCUUAUGGAAAGUCCUUCAAACAUAUCACAAACCUCAUUACUCGGCUGAGCGAUGGCGAGACAAGGUUGUUCUUGCCGUCUUGGUCCCUGGCCUUGGAAGUAAAGCUGGCCGCCGAUAUAGAGAUGUCGUGGAAAAGUGCCUUAAGGUUGGCCCCGACGUAACCAGCAGCGAUGCUGGUAACUUGAUGGAGGAGGUUGUUACAGCCCUAGAAAGUAUCCGCGUUUAGGGUGUCCAUAUAAAUGGAGAUGCACCAAAAGUCGCCGAACUUGAAAAACACAUAAAAUCUUAUGAUCAUAGAUUUAUAGAAUAAAGUACUGUUGAGUUCAUGCCAAUUCGAUACGUUAUAUGUAAAUUGCGUCUCGAACAAGACGCGUAUUCCGUCCGACGAAGCGCUUUGGAACCCCUUCUCGCCAUUAAGACGAGCAUUAUAAAAAACGCAAAAGAGAAGAAAAAUAGAAAAUACAGCAUAAGAAAACGUGGUUACCCAAAUGCCCAAAAUUGCAAGCAAAACGCAACCCAAAGAAAAAGCAAUGCAUCAAAACAAUAUCGUAAGACUCCGUGCUCAAAACACCAAAUCUCCAUCACACCCUUCCAACCUUGUCAAACAUCUCUUGUUGCAAAAGCAAACAAAAACAAUGCUGGGCAUAGCGCCUUUUCAAAACUCUCAAUGUCCUUCGAAAUGCACAUGAUUGCAGGCAAAACAUGAAUACAAUCGUACAACAUCGCGCGUGUGAGUCGUUAGGUCAUUCACAAGUAUCAUAUCGCCAAAUUAGACUGCCUCGAAGCUACGUCGUCGGGGUCGUACUUCCUAUGCCCCCGAGACUUUGCGGGCUGUAGUAAUCGCCGUGGCAGAAGCUCCGCCACCGAUACUGCCAACACGGCCGCUGGUCUUGCGAACACCGGAAGACUCCUUAACCCGGAGAGGGGAUUCAGAAUCGUGGCGUCUGCUGCUGCGAAUUUUUGACAUAGACGCAGGAGUGCUGGCGACACGGUCAGUAGUCUUCGGCCUACCAGCUCCAAUAUUCUCGGCAUCUCGUGACGCAUCGUUAUCAAUCGUAUAGACGGACGACACUGUCUGGCUCACAGCACGUGAUUUGCUUCGACUCGGAGAUGCAGGAGCCUUGCGAUGGUUCCGAACGCGUACGUGGACCUCUUCAUCAGAGUCGGCGCGGGAUGCUGUCGGUAGAGCAUCUACGUCCUGGUGAACAGCGUCAUCCUCUUCAAGAGUUGCCUGGAAGGACGUCGAUCUCUGAUAAGGAUGGUGACGAUCAGCACGAGCAGUUUUGCGGGGCUGGCCGGGUGUUGGGGCGGGAAGAUAAUCUUCCUGUGUCUGACCGUGAUUGUGUCUCUCGUGGUCAACUUCGCUGAGCGGUGUACGAUUCGAAGGGCUGCGGUUGGGCGGCGUGGCCUGGCCGGCACGCAGUGCCGACUUUUGUAUGGCGCGAAUGGGGGUACUGGGGGAUGGGUUGGAAGCAGCUAACUCUCUCCUCAUUCUACGCUCAACGCGCUCCUCAAUCCACCAUUCUCGGAAGGUGCCUUGAUUGAGAUGCAGCCAGUGCUGCUGGGGUCCUACAACCAUGCCGGGUCGCAUAAAGCGCAUAAAGGAGAUGAUCUCGUCGGCGGUAAAUCCAUGACGGUAGAUGAGAUAGGCACCGAUGAGGCAACCAGUUCGUCCAAGACCAGCUUUGCAGUGAACUGCGAUACCCUUCUUCUUAACGGUGAUGGUUUCGUGGGCCAAGCGGAUAAACUUGCGUACAGUCGUGAGGGGGGGGCACGUUCCGUCAUCGAAAAUCAUGUCGAGAUGCUGAAUACCCAGUGCCUCAAAAUAGGACGGGGAGUAAAGAUGAGAGUUGAGGCGAACAACCAGGCCAAUGUUGCGCUCCGAGAAGUGGCAUAGUACAUUCUUGAAUGGCUGGGGAAGAGUAGGGUGAGAAUUGACGGCGUCGAGAUCCCGUGGUAGCAGUGGGAAGAGUUCUGAAUCCUCUGUAAUCUUGGCAACCGGUGUGUGCUGAGGAGACGCAAAUGCAAGAAAGUUGGGGGUAAUCCAGUUGAAAUCGCCAUGCUCGACGCGCUCAUAGCGCUCGUAUUCGUCAAGAUCAAAAUUGUCCAAAUCAAUACACUUUUCCUCCUUGGCUUUCCAAACACCGUAAACAAUGUCUUGGACGGUAAUGCCAUAAUCAGCCUGGCUGUAUCCGGCAUCCCGGAACGGCAUCAAGGGAGGAUCAACUUGAGCGAUUGGUGCGAGGGCUAAAUGAGGUGGCCAGUUUUGGAUCAGCACCAUAUAGCACGCAAGCAUGCAUGCAGCAUUGGCGCGAC